CUCAGCAGCAACACACGGCCUGUCGUUCGUCAUCUUUCUCAAAUUAAAAAACCUGUUAGAGCUAACGCCCCCCGCUAAAAAAAAACAAAAUUUUUCAGUUCCCGCCCCAAUUUCAUUUUCCCUAAAUUCGAAUUCAAACUGCUCCAUUCCGUUUCUUCUCCUCCGAAAACCAUUUUUUUCCUCUCAAACCAAUAAUCCAUUUUUUUCUUCGGUUCAGUGUUCUUCCACUCUCUCAUGCUACAUUGAAGCUCGAUUUGAAGCUUCAAAAACGAGCUCCAAACUAUCACAGAUUACAAUUAUAAUCUUGCAGCUGAAGCUUCGAAAAUGGAGGUGGAUCGGCGGCAUAAUUUACAAGAUGAUUGUCGGAGCUUUGGCAGCAAUUUUCAUCCAUCCAGUCAAUCUAGAAAGAUUUCCAUUGGAAUUACCUUAGACUCACUGGGGAAGAAAAGAUCUGAAACUACAAAGAAAGAUGAGACUAUUCUAUCAAAUGCAGAAAGGACAAAUUGUAAUAAAGAACGACCCAUUGAAGGUAAUAUGAAGGGGAAAGGUGCUGCUGAAGCAAAUGAAGGGAAACAAACUGAAGCCCCCGAGAAGGUCACUUCUCCAUGGAUUUCUACUAGAUCCUUUAACCAGAAACCUUCAACUCCUGAGACAUUUAUUUUUGGGAGACAAACGUUCAGUUUACCAGCUGCUCGAGGGAAAAGGAGCAAACCCAACCGAGCAGAGAACACAACAAUAGCUCAUUCAGUACAGUUAUUUGAGAACCAGAAAUCAGUUUUACAUUCUGGUGAUGCAAAUCAGAAGAAUUUUAAAGGAAUCACUUACAAAAGGAAGGGAAGUAAGGAUGGUAACUCACAGAAGGCUGAGGAGGUUAUACAUGCAACAGCAAAGGAAGUUCCCGAAUCUGAUAAUGCAGCAGCAGAUAAUAAAAGAGAAGAUGGAAAAACUGAAAACUUGAGAAUGAAACUAUGGGAGAUACUAGGAUCUGUUACUUCACCUAGAAGUCAGCCCUCUAAUUUUCAGGCUCGUGAGGCAGUUUCCAAAACGAAUUUAAAGCCGGAGCAAAAACAUCACCAAAAUGAAAUUCCCAAGCCCUUACAGAAUUCAGAUACCAUUGAAACUGAUUCUGAGAAGCCUGAUCAUACAAUCAAAAGACCAGUGACUCGUUCUAUGAACCGAAACAGAGUUACAUGCAAAAGGAAACCGGUAAAGAAUAAAAAAGACCCAUCUCCUAGUUACAGAAACACUCUUCAAGAGCAGAAAAUCUUCUCCUUUGAAGAUGAAAUGUUUGGAAAAGGAGAUGUUGCUGUCAGCGGUGGUUCCUCAAUGUCUGCAAGAAAGAAGGGUAAGAGUAACAGAAAGAUUUCUGGCAUUGAACCACGUAGGAUUCACUUUAGUAAGACCAAAAAUGCUGAUGAGAAUCAGCGAGGAAAUGGCAGGAAUGAGUUGCCACCGGCUGCUGAGAAAGUAUCUUCACACAGCGACAAAAGGGGGAAUUUUCAUGGAUGUUCACCUCAAAGUAAGGGUGAAUACCUUGGACAGAAUAAUGGAAACCGACAAGGAGAUUCCCAUCAAUCUCCAACGAGAAGUUACCACCACUCAGCAGAGAAUGACAGGGUGAAGCAACAGGGGGAUGUUAGCAAACAAGCAGUACCGGAAAAUGAGGAUCUGGAAGAAGCUCUUGGUCAACCGUCCUUAAGGGAUUUUCUGAAUCAACAUGAAUUCCAAAGUCCAACAUUCAAAAUGAAUACUCCUAUGUUAAGCUCUUCACCUAGCUUAACUCCGAAAACUGACCAAAUAGAGAAGAAUAUUGACAGCAAAGUCCCAGUAGAUAGAACAUUCACUCUAAACAAGAUUUGCAGCUUUAUGAAUUUGAAGAUUUUGAAGACUUCAAAGGCAGAUUGUCCAGCACCAAAUGCUAAAAAUGAAUCAUCUGUAUCCUUCUUUGUCUCAAAGGAUGAUGAAUUGGAGUUCGAAGAGAGCCCAGCUUGCAAGCCAUCGCCUCCAAAUGAAAGAAAAGAAGUCCAAGAUGGCCUUUCUGGAUCAUCAUCCUCUGGAGAUGAAGACUCAACGAGCUCUGAAGAAGAUGAUAUGGACAGAGAUGCCUUCUCUCCAGAAACUGCAACUGCAGAGAGAUCCAAUUUUAUACUUUAUCCAUCUAAGAGGCUCCGGAAUCUUGAAGGCAAAAGUGUUAGCAGAUUCAGUCCCAUCUUGCCCUCUACAAAAGGCGUUGAUGAAAGUGAUUGGAACCCAGAGCCUUCAGAACAAAACCAAGAGAAUGACCUGGAAAGGGUCAUGACAUUAUUUGCUUUGGCUUUAGAACACUUCAAAAACAAAAUGAAGACAGCAACUAGAAAGAAAUCCUCUGAUAUUUUGAUAUCUGUUUCUGAGGAGAUACAUCUACAGAUGCAGAAUGCUGCAUCAAAAGUCCAAAGAGAUGUUGGGGAGCUGACAAAUCUUUGUAAAUCAAAAAGAAAGCAGUUGGAGACGAGAUUUCAAGAGCAAGAAGAAAAACUAAAGGUGAUACAAGAUAAAUUCAAAGAAGAUAUUCAUCGACAUCUCCAGGAUUUUACAGGCACAGUUGAAGAGCUUGAAUUACACCAGAUUGAAAUGAAGGGAACUAUGAAAAAACAAAAAGCAUCACACCAGAAGCUUCUGAUGGGUGUGGAAGAAGCCGUUGAAACAGAGCUCAAUGAUGCACACAGAAGGAUCAUAUCUGUUCACAAGUCGGCUAGGCAAAAAAUGCUCCAAAUGGGACAACUUGUAGCUGAGUGUCUGAUGCAAGGGGAUCUAAGCUGACCAGCGGGAUGGGAGUUGGUGCAGAUUUAAAUAGAAACCUGUAAGAUUUGAUGUCUUUAUCUCCACUUUUGUUUUGGUUAUUCAAACCUUCAUGUCAAGCUUUCACUUCUGAUUAACAAAUAGGAUAGGUAGAGACAGAACAAACUGUGGGAAUUUAGGAGGCACUUGACCCUAUAUUGAAGGAUCUACUAUCUUUAUGUAAUUACUUAGUUUUAUUUUUUCGCUUACAAUAUUAUUAUACCUGAAAGAAGAAAUAUGUUUUUUCUUUAUGGGGAUUUAAAUUUUACAAAUUGUUAUGCUUUUAUUUACUUGA